CCCCAAGGGAAGCAGUUUUUCAGAUUUUACUAAGAAGUCAGUUAACAUUGUCAACAUUCCCGUCUGCUUUCGUUUUAAAGAAAGCUCUGGGCUUUGUUUCAUUUUCAGCUGGAGACUUAUAUGACACCAAGCAAAUCCUACUUAGUUUAGAUUUCCAGGAACUAGAUGGUGAGAAACAACCAUGAAGUUGGCAGGUUUACUUUGUUUUUAUAUGCUUAUCAUUUUUCAAAUUGGCUUUGGGCAAAAUGAAGAAACUCCUCAGAAGCAAAAGAGGAAGAUGCAUUAUAGAAAACUGAAGAAAAAAUCCUCGCCUAACCACAGGCUGAGCAAACAGCCUGAACUUCCGCAGGCUAUGAUGGCCCUUCCCAUGAUUCACUUGGACGACAGCUCAGAGGAAAAAAUGGAAUCCCUCUUAAGUUUUCCUGGCUCAGAAACAAGCUAUAAUGUGUUACCAGGGAAAAAGGGUCACUGUGUGGUCAAUGGCAUGGUCAUGUAUAACCGAGCUGUCUGGUCUCCUGAGCCCUGCAUUACCUGCCUCUGCUCCAAUGGACGCGUGCUCUGUGAUGAGACCACAUGCCCUCCUCAGACCUGCCUCCAGACCGUCACACCUGAAGGAGAAUGCUGCCCUGUCUGCUCUGAUACUGCCUCCUAUUCAGUCCUCACUGACAUAGCAGCAAAUGAUAGAACAGAAUUUUCUGGUGAUUCUUCAGAACAAAGAGAACCGAUUCAUUUACUUCAUAAGCAGACGUCACCUUCUGGGGUGGAAAGGAAGCAAGCAGUGAGAAGAAAGAAACUUCACUUGAAGGAGAAUAAAGAACUUAAAGAAGAUGAAGACAGGGAGGCAAAGAAAAAGCCCGCUAUACCUGGAGAUUGGGGGAGACAGUCCAGUGAGGGGCACAGCAGAGAAUGUGGUAAUGGAAACCCAGCCAGGGAGGAGGAGGAGGACAAGGAGAGCAAGGAGCCCACCAGAGGAGAUGUCUUCCAGAUGCCCUGCCACCUCGCCAUCCCUGCGCCUCCCAGAGGCUCACCACCUCUGCCCAGCCGGUGUGCUCUGUCCUACAGGACUAUCAGCUGCAUCAGUGCUGACUUCACAGAGAUACCACCACUAACAGCCCCAGACAUAACAAGUCUGGAACUCAUUGGCAACUCCUUCACCUCCAUUCCUGAUGAAGCGUUUAAUGGAUUACCCAAUCUGGAAAGGCUUGAUCUGAGCAGAAAUAACAUCACCUCUUCAGGCAUAAGUCCCAACGCAUUCAAGCACCUGAAGAAGUUAAUACACCUGAAUAUGGAUGAAAACAAUUUGGCAGAAGUUCCCUCAGGAUUACCAUCUACAUUAGAGGAACUUAAAAUUAAUGACAACAGCCUUCAGACUCUGGGUGAAGACAGCUUAUUAGACUUACAUCAGUUGGUUACCUUAGAACUGGAAGGAAAUAAUCUCAGUGAAAUCAAUGUUAAUCCUUUAGCUUUCAAACCUUUGAAGAGCCUAUCCUACCUUCGUCUGGGAAGAAAUAAAUUUAGAAUUAUACCACAAGGACUUCCUGCUUCUCUUGAGGAAUUGUACCUGGAAAAUAACCAAAUUGAAGAAGUAACUGAGAUAUGUUUUAAUCACACCAGAAAGAUCAAUGUCAUUGUAUUGCGCCAUAAUAAGCUUGAAGAGAACAGAAUUGCUCCUCUAGCCUGGAUAAAGCAAGAAAACCUAGAAUCCAUCGACCUCUCGUACAACAAGCUCUACCACGUCCCCUCCUAUCUGCCCAAGUCGCUGCUGCACCUGGUGCUCAUCGGGAACCAGAUCGAGCGCAUCCCCGGCUAUGUGUUGGCUCACAUGGAGCCAGGCCUGGAAUACCUGUACCUGUCGUUUAACAAGCUCACGGAUGACGGGGUGGACCGGGUCUCAUUCUAUGGGGCUUAUCAUUCUCUGAGAGAAUUAUUUCUGGAUCAUAAUGACUUGAAAUGUAUCCCACCGGGAAUACGAGAGAUGAAAGCGCUCCAUUUUCUGAGGCUGAACAACAACAAGAUCAGGAAUAUCCUUCCAGAGCAUAUCUGCAGCAUGGAAGAAGAUGAUGACUCACCCCUGGAACACCUUCAUCUUGAGAACAAUUAUAUUGAAACAAGAAAAAUAUCAUCUUAUGCAUUUUCAUGCAUAAGAUCAUAUUCAAGUGUCAUCCUUAAACCACAAAACAUCAAGUAGCUCCAAGUUUUCCUUUGUCAUUUAUAAAUUGUACUCAUAUAUUUGUUGUAGUUGUAUUUGCCACCAGUAAAAGAGAUGUACUGCUCACGUUAAAUUCAAUAUUGUUACACUAGUCAACUCAUAAGACUGUGCAGCGCUAAACUAAACUGGGAAAAUGUGAAGCUGAGCAUAUGUUCCUUUAACAACAAUUCCUUUGAAUAUUUCUACUAGCCAAGAACUACUAAAACUCCUUUAAAAAUAAUAUGUGUCAUGGUUUAAGAACAAGAAAAUGUAUGGCAAGACAAAAAAAAAACCAACAGUAGACAGAACUUAUGAAUUAGUGCUGUGUUUGGUAGUCUGUUGAUAAAACAAUAAAUCAUUUUCUGGGGUAGGGGUAGAUAGCAUAAUGGUGAUGUAAAGAGACUCUCAUGCCUGAGGCUCCAAAGUCCCAGGUUCAACCCCCUGUACCACCACCAACCAGAGCUGAGCAGUGCUCUGGUUAAAAAAAAAAGAAAAAAAAAUCAUUUUCUGUAAGAACUGAAGGCUACAACUACUGACAUAAAUACAGUCAAUCAUUAGUUUCAUUUCAGUGCCUUCUAUUAAUUACAUGUGUGAGAUCAAAACACUACUAUAGACUUAAUUUCUUAGUUUUGAGAACUGUACUAUGGUUUUAUAAGAGGUUGUCAAUAUUAAGGAAGUUGGGAGGGUAUAUGUGAAUUCUACACUAACUUGGAAACUUUCCCAUCAUUUCUGUAUUUUAAGACCAACCUCAUUAUUCUUUACUAGGAUCCAAAGAUUUUAUGAAAAGCAAUAAUGUUUGCUUAAGCCAUACUAUAACCUUAAAAUGUAAACCUAAUGCAUUGGAUUUCUGACAUAUUUCUUUUGCUCCAUUGGCCAUAGUUAACACUGAUCUUCUUUGUCCCAAUUAUUUCAAAUAUAACCUUUUAUUCAGUUCUACUUAACAUAAAUCUAUCCGCAUUUACUAUGUAUUAGUCCCCAGAAAAACUAUGUUAAGAUGUUCACCACAUAAUGAUAUUUUAUCUCUAUCUCUCAAUAAUGUAUAAAAUAUACAUAUGGAAACUA